AUGGUCAACAUGCUCUCCUCCAUCCGUAAGAAGCUGGUCAUCGUGGGCGAUGGAGCCUGCGGCAAGACCUGCCUUCUCAUGGUCUUCUCCAAGGACCACUUUCCGGAGUUUUACGCGCCCACGGUCUUUGAGAACUACGUCGCAGACAUUGAGGUGGACGGUCGUGCGGUAGAGCUGGUUCUCUGGGACACUGCCGGUCAGGAGGACUACGAUCGUCUGCGUCCUCUCUCCUACCCGGACUCCGACGUGCUGCUGAUCACCUUCAGCAUUGACGCCCCUGACUCGCUGUACAACAUCACCCAGAAGUGGUGGCCCGAGGUGAAGCACUUCUGCCCGAACAUUCCCAUCGUUCUGGUGGGCAACAAGGUCGACCUGCGCACCGACCCGACGACGCUGGCCGAGCUGGCCAAGAUGAAGCAGCUGCCGGUCAGUACGGAGCAGGGACUGGCCAUGGCAGAGCGCAUCGGCGCCUUCAAGUACCUCGAGUGCUCGGCAAAAACCAAGGAAGGCGUGCGUAUCGUCUUCGAGACGGCCACUCGAGCCGCUCUGGCAGUCAAGCGAUCCAAGCCCAAGGGCUUCUGUGCCAUUCUCUAG